UAGACCAAAUAAAAGCGGUCUAACCAACACCAAUUCUGCAAAUCACAAUUUCCUGCUAGCCUCCCUCCUGUUUUGCUUCUCCAAGCAUCUUUCAGGGAUCUAAUAAAGAUCUCCGAUAACACGCUCUCAAUGGAAACGAAGCAACCUGAAAGAGAAGAACUGUCGCCACUGCAAGCUGUCUUUGUUGGGGCUCUCGCUCCAGGCGUCAAUGCUCCAACUUGGAAUACUUUGAAGAUUGCAUUCCUGAUGCUGGCCGUGUGUCUAGCUGCUAUGCUGGGAUUGGCUUUCUCUUCAAGUGACUAUAUGUUGACUCUCCAUGUGACUUUCCUUGUUUUUAUAACUGGGAGCCUUUUCUGUCUGCUUUGCAGGUUUCUUGCCGAGACUGGUUUGGUUUCCCCUGAACAUCAAAUGCAGGAAAUAGGCUUAGCACCCAAAGAUGAUGCAGAUAAAUACAAGAGCAGUUGAAGCUUUUUGAGUUUGAAAUUUUGAAGACAAACUCUUGUGAAAGAAAAUAGAGUAGGUGCAAGACUACUACAAGCACACAUUUAUAUAAGGGAGGAAAUGAAAUGAACCUUUAAGAACAUUUCUACAUCGUUACCCAUUGCCAAAGCAUCUUAUCCUGAGUGGGCGAGUGGCUGCUUUAUUUUCACUUCGGUUCUCUCUCCUUGUAGCAGAAUCAUUAAACAAACAGUGGUAGUUGAAACAAGGACGUGCCUUUUCUUGUGAGCUGCCCAUUGAUGUUCUGUUGAGAGUUAUGAGAACUCUUAGUACCACUUUGGAUUUUAUGCAUGCUAAGCGACCUGUGAAUCAUGCCAGUUAGUCUUAGUGGGACAUUUUGUUUGUUUGACAGAUCGCCUUUCAUGGACGACUGGACGGGUGUUCCACCUAAUUGUAUUCAUGUAUUGUAGACGCUUCAUGUACCGAUCUUGGGAGUAUUAUGUAAGUUUCCUAUUUAAAAAAUCAGCCAGUAUACGGUUCUUAAUGUUGAAACCCCUAACAUUUUUCAAGUAAAUCAUUUCAUUGGUUGUGGUGAGAUGAUAGUUUUUAUCUUUCAAUUAUCGUAACAAUCUAUAUCAAUAAAUAUGCUAGUUGUGCUACGUGCAUU